GCAGAACGACACAAACUUUCCCCGCUUAAAUACUGGCAGUUAAUAUAAUUAUGUAGUAAUAAAAUAACAAAAUAUAUUGUUUUAUGAUCGUUAUAAAAUACAUAAAAAGUUCAUAUUAUUCACGAUACAUCUGAGAAUUGCUCAGAGAAAGUCUACAGGUCAGUUUAUCUAUGUCCGUUCGACUACCAUCACUACUUUCUUCCUGAGCUGUGUGACGUAACUGUAUAAAAGAGUGCGCGUGGAAGACGCCGCCGCUAUAUCGUUUCCGCACGCCAGGCUCGGCCAUAGCGUCUCGACCCCCGACAUUGAAGGACGCGGGCGGAACCUCUUCCGCAGAGCCCCUUAGGACUCAACAGUGAAAAGUCAAAAGAUACGAGAUGAGGUCGUUAUUGUUAUUAGCGGCGGUUUGCUGCUUAGUGAUUUUGGGGAGCUGUAGCCCUAUCACCAGGUCUGAGGAUGGUGAGGUGAAGGAGGUAGGAAGACAGGCGGCACAGCAGCCUGCGGCUGCCGCGGCUUCUGAUGAUGAUGAUGAUGACGACGACGAUGACGAUGAAGAUGCUCUUGGUGGUUUAGGAGGCGAAGACGACGAAGAUGAAGACGACGACGAUGAUGAUGACGAGGAAGAAGCAGAUGAUGACGAAGAGGAUGAUUAUUUGGAAAGAUUCUUCGACGACAUAUUAGGAGGAGGUGAAGAUGACGAGGAUGAAGACGAGCCAGCCGCCGCACAGCCUGUUGUGGCUGCCGUCGAUACUGUUGCUGCCGCUCCUGCACCAGCUGCAUCAGCCGCCUCAGUAGAAGAAGUUGCUGCCGCUUCAGAAGAAACCGAAGCAGCAGAGGGCGAAGCUGUGGCAGAGGGUGACGAACCUGAAGCUGGGAUAAAGGAACCUGCAAGUGCUGAAGUUGAAAUUCCCGCUGCUAGCUCCGAAGUGGCUGCAGCCGCUGCCGACGAUGACGAUGAUGAUGACGAGGAAAUUGGAGACGUACUCGAAGGGGAUGAUGAUGAAGAAGAUGAUGACGAGGAGGAAGAUGAUGAUGAUGACGACGAAGACGACGUUUCCGACGCUUUUAGCAGGAAUAUUUCUGCCAAACAAUCACGUGCGUUGUCUGAGGAACCGCCCAAGAAACCAGCACCCGUGCCUGCUGUGUACAUAAUCAAAUACAAUAAGUUCAUUGACAACAUCCUUGAAAAGAUGAAUGACAUAUUAAGACGUUCCUAUGACCCAGUCAACGUAAAACUGCAGCCGAUAGAUGCGAGCAAAAACACAAAGGGAAAGAAAGAUAAAAACAAAACUAGUAACAAAAAAAAAACUUCAAACAAAAAGAAAAACACAGCGCGCGGUGGUGUAAACGAAAACGAAACAGUAGAAAAAGUUGAGGAAAUACAACAAAACAAAAUCGAUGAAAGCUUGAACGAUCAAAAAUCGAACAGUGAAAAUUCGCGAACAGAAAUGCGAGCUGUGAAGGUGAAAUCUGGAAAUGAAAGUGGAAAAGCAAAGCCAACGUCAAAACCAAAACAACCUACUAAGGCAACUAAACCUAAACCGAAACCGCCAGCGAAAGCUCCGGUUAAAAAUACAAAGAAGCCUUCUAAGAACAAGGUAAAAAGCGAAAAGAGCAAGCCGAGAGCAAAGGGUACACUGUAUGGCCUCUCUUCUCUUAAGAGAAGUGGUGAUGUAGCCGUCAGCAUUAUGACAAACCAUACAACCAUAAAGAGUAAUUUCGCAGUCGGACCCUUGAUACUUCGAGUGGAAAAGGAGGUCGGUCGAGGUGCUAAAAAAGAGCUCAAAUCUGCAACAGCGACAACAGCUGAAAUGAACGGUAAAUUGACGCUUCGUGUCAACAAUCAAGGCGUAGCAACAUUACAUUCCAUCAAAGUUCUGCAGCCCAAACAGGUCCGUGUCGACAGCAACCACGAACGAACACGUGAAUUGGUUUGGCAGAGAAGUGCAAGAAUUGCCCACGUUGUCUCUGAAAAGUUAAGAACUGCUUCAAAGCCCAUGUUCCUUCACCAAGGCGUCGUGAGGCAAUAGACUAUUUAAAAGCUUAUUGGUUAGGUAUUACUAAUUAAAAUUAUCUGCAUUGAUUCGAUGCAGUCUCAUUAGUUUGGGGUCUUGGGUUCGAAAUAAACUGUAACUGCGUCGAAUCGACAACAAAAUUUGUAUUACAUUAAGAUUGUUUAAAAAUCCAUCCACAGAUCAUUAUCAUAUCAAUCACAUAUCAUUAUUUAACUAAAUUUCAUUAAAAAUAUUUUCCAUCAAAAAUGCUUAUAAAGACGUACACAAAAAACGUAUUUUACAUCCUUUAAAUAUUAUUUUUAUUUAAACUAAAUUUAAUUACGUGUCUACUUACAUUGCCUACUUAAGUCAAUUCAAUUAUUCAUCAAAUCAUUAAUCAUGCAAGGACCAAGUAAAAUCACUUAUCCCCAUUUAUCCAUAUCAUUAAAUUCAUUAUCAUCUUUAAUUUUCAUGUCAGUCCCCAUCAUUUAGAUCUCGUAUUCAUUAUAAAGCUUAUCAUUAAAUCACAAUCAUAAUUCAAUAAAAAAAAUUUAAUAAAUUGACGUUCAUAGAUCAUCAUUAUUACGUAUUAUUUAUGAUUUCUUCAUAGGAAUUAAUAUUUAUAAAAUAGUUUUAAAGAGUUAAUAAUGGUUUAAUAUUAGUCAGAAAUGCAUUUAUUGUAAAUUAAGGUGCUAAGUUUUUUUAAAUUAAAUAUAUUUUUACGUAA